AUGGACGUCGACGGUGUCUUCCUCGGUGGCUUCCAUAUCGAUGCCCAGACCUUCGAGGCCCUUUUCGGGAUGGUCGUGGUUAUGGUGAUGCUUCGGCUUGAGCUUUUCAGGCGGGCAGUCAAUGGACGUCCAGGUGAUGCAGCUCCGUCAGCCGACAAGUACAAGAAACUUCUGCGGGAGUGUGCGCCAGAGGCAAUUGGCACCCUCGCAUGCAUCCUGCUGGUAGUUGCCUUGCGAUCCCGUGGCGACACCAUUGGCGAGUCCAUGGAUGAGCGCUCGCGCGAGGCCUGGGAGGCCAUCAAGGCCCAGUGGCCUGUGCUGAUGACGGCAGACACGCUGCUGGCCCUGCAGGUGAUGUUGCGGCUGAUCGUUGUUCUCUCUGCUGUUUUGCGAUCAGGAAGCGGCACGGCUUCGCCUUUGUUGGAUGAAUGUGCCGUGUUGUGGUUCGGAGGAGCUGCUGCAAGAUCAGUAGUUUUGAUGCAUAGCAAGGCUUACUGGCUGGAAGGACCCGUUGGUGGCCUGAUUCCCACCAUCUCGGAGGUUCUGCUGGCACCGUUGUUGUUUGUACUGGGCAAGCGAGCCCUGCGUCGAUCGACCUUGACGAUGUUGCUGGUUGUGGUGUUGGUGGGUUUCUUCGCGCAGAGAAACAACAUCCAUUUGGCGGAAGAACAGGAAGCCAAUCUGCUCUUCACUGCCGCGCACUGCUUCGAGCUCCUAUCAGCUGUGCUCUACCUUGGUCGAACGUUGCUGUCCGACAGUGACAGCCCCGAUUUACAAUUCUCUUUGACGUUUACGCAUCUUGUAAUGGUGGUGCAACAGAGUCUGGCCGUGUAUUUCUGGCUGCAGGCUUUCGAGCCGGACACCGUGAGUGGGACGGGGCUCGGAAUUGCUGCUAUUCAGCUAAGCUGUCUAGGUUCGCAGAUGAAGCACAUCAACCAAUUCAUGCACACUUAUGCAGAAUUUCUGCCUGAAGCCGCGGAGGAGUUUGGUACUUACGCAGAGGGGUGUGCAGGGCGCGCGGCGAAGUUCCUGGAGUCAUGGAGUGGUGAGAUGUUCACUAGCACGUGGAUGUUGACCUCUGAUGCAGCAUUUGUCCUCCGCAUCCCUGCAGCAAGCAGCACCUCAGUGUCCAGAGUCAGUGUCUCAGUUAACACUCUCAAAAGAAUGGCUUCCUCGCCGAUACCGCCUUUCGACCUUGACGCAGAGCCGCUUGUGACCGGCUCGGUCGAGAUCUCUAACGAUCGGCUGAUUCAAGGCUUCUCCUGGCUGGUAGCUACAGUGAAGGAACAGAACCGUGUAAUGGAUGCGCUGAGUAGCCAGAUCGACGGCUUGAAGGUUGGUGCAGCUGAGCCCGCGCACUCCAGUGAUGGCAGACGCGCAUCCAUGAAGGAGGAGAUGCUGCUGAUGCAGAUCAAUGCCAUAAAGCACGAGGUUGGCUCACUCCCACGUUCGAGUGAUUUGGAGCGACAGCGCGAGCGCACCAUGGCAGAGGUUCACAACAUCUCCAACACCCUGAGCGACCGGAAUCGAGAGUCUUCCGAGCGCUUGCAGAAAGAGCUCGCCGAUGUGACGGAUUCAUUGUGCAACCAGCUGAAGCGCAUCGGAGACGAUGUCUUUUCAAGGCUGGAGAUCCUCGAGCAGCGACCGCAGGCACCGGCUCCUUCGGCGCAGGGGCAGAUACCGCCAGCUGCAGCUGCAGCCGCUGCAGCGUCGCAGCCGCCGCCUGCGUCACAGCCGCAGGUACAGGGCGGCAUUCCGCCCCCACUUCCAAACCCGAUCUCAUCCUCCAGCAUUGCAGCUGAAGACACUGAGGAUCACACCGACGGUUUGCUGAUGUCGGAGCGUCCAGCUGCAGCCAUGGGAGGCGGCUCCCAGGUCGACCUGGCACUGAUGGAUGCCAUCACGGCGCGCCUGGAUGGGCUGGAGAGGCAAGUCCAGGACCUGCGGAAUGAGGUGCGACAACCGCUUGCAGCUGCAGAUGCUGGUCCGACCCCAGCUGUUCGCGAAACUGCGGAACCUUCUUUGGGCAACCAGAGCAGCCCCGUGGGAAACGCACCUGACAGCCAUGACGGACCUGUCAGCGCCGAUCCAAAUGUAGCUUUCAUGACAGCUCCACCAGACUCCGCCGCCACAGCUGCAUCUCCCGAGCCGGCUGCGGUGCCGUUGCAAGGGGACUCGAAUCGCGGCGAUCCCAUCCAAGAUGUGAACGCAAUUAUGUCUGCAGCUGUUGCUGCUGCUACAGAUGCUGCCACUUCAGUGGCAACUCGGGCCAUUGCUGAAGCAGCGCAGGGCGAGCGAGGGGAUUUUGCAUCUCUUCAAGAGGAGAUGCUCAACGUGCGACGAAAGCUGGAGACUCUUGCCCAGAGUGUGUCCGAAGUACCGAGAUCGCAGGAGGCGCAGGUCCAGGAGACACCAGUGCGGGAAGUUGAGCCGACACAGGCACACCCUGAAACGCAAAGCGAAUCCGGAGCUCAAUCCGCUGCUUUGGCGUCUCUACAGGAAAGGUUAACCUCGGUGGAAGCUGCUGUGAAGCAGGUUGAGGGUGUCGUACCGCAGGUCAGGACCGUGCCUAUCCUGGAAGCGAGCAUCCAAACUGUGCAGCAAUCGCUUGAGGUGCUGCGCCAGCAAACACAGCAGCUGUCGCAGCCACCACCACAGCCACAGCCCGCCAGUGAUGCAAAGGCCGUCACUGCCGCCGAAAAGGAGGCUGGUCGCAGCGAGCUGCCGGAGCCAGCACCGGAAGAUGCAAGACACAAGGACACAUUGGCGGUUUCCGACGAGGAUCUCGAAAGACUGAUGGCUCGACUGCAAGAUAUGGAGGAGCUUCAGGAGAAAGCAGAGAAAAGGAUCCAGCAAGUGGAGGGUCGGUUGCGAGAGGUCCGAAGUCGAAGUGGGUCAAUCAGCCUGGACAGGAAGACGCCAGCCAGCCGCAACACAACAUCGAAGACUGCUUCAAAGACAUCUGAGCCGUCUGCUGAUGGAUCCGUCGGUGGCUCCUGGAAGGAUGUUCAGGCCGAGCUGGAACGAUUUCGGAAACUCUUCGAGUUCAUCGAGGGCGUGCUUCCGCAAGAUGCAGCUGAAGCAAUGCGAUUCUUCAAUCGGCGUGAAGCAGGCAAGGAAGAAAUGUCCGGGAUGAUUUCGGAAGUAUUUGGAGCAGAUAUCGAGUUCCAGAAUGCCAAGUCGCAGCUGGAGAGCGACUUCAAAAUGCACACUCGCGAGCUCCGACGAGAGUUCGACAAGCUCACUUUGGCGCUGAAGGGCCUGCAGCGAGAUGUGGACACAUCCGGCAGCAAAGUGGUGGACCUCUCCAGACGGACGUCGCAACUUGAGACGGAGGUCCGAGUGUCACCGGCUAUGGCAAUAUCUUCUAUGGAGGACCCGCAUCAGGAACCGAGUCCACGCGGUCCAGCCGAAGGCAGACGCGACAGCAAGGACAUCCGCGAUAAGGCGCUUCAAGGUAUGUCCCAAGAGCUGCAGCGCGCUAUGCAGGAACUGCGUGAUGAGAUCCGGCAGUGGAUAGAACUGUUCAAGUCCAGUGUGGUGCAAGCCCUCCAAUCGAAGCCUGAUCACGAACAAGUUGCGGAAUUUGUCAAGCAGGUGGUGGGAGCUUCGGCUGGCGAGAAAGUUGCAUUGUUUGCCAAGCGCCAGCUACUAGGCAAAUGUGCAUCUUGCUCGGCCCCCAUCGAUGCUGACUUGCUGCGCGUGAAGAGACCGCAGCCGAUCGGGCUGCAGGAGCACUGGCCUCCCGGAGAGAACCUCGGAGCCAAGGUGGCCAUACGACCCUUAAACGCAGGUGGCGUGAGUCCUAACAGGCUACCAAAGAUCAACGAUGCACGCCACCGUGACAAUCCCAAAGCAAGGGGCAUGAAGUCGAGUGCAUCCACACCUGAACUCCGCAAAGAUCAGGAGUCAUCGGCUGAUGCUGCAUAA